AUGUCUUCAUCAGACACCACCACUCAGCUCAGGACACCCUUACCAAAACUACAGCUUUUGCUGCUUUUGUUGAUUCAAGUAACAGAGCCGAUUACUGCAGAGGUCAUCUAUCCGUUCAUCAUUGGCGCUGUGAGGCAUACAGGGAUCACACACGGAGACGAGAAAAAGACAGGGUAUUAUGCCGGAGUCAUUGAAUCAAUAUUCUUCCUUUCUGAAUGCUGUACAGUGUACUACUGGGGACGCCUAUCUGAUGUCCAUGGUCGAAGGAUGAUACUUCUGCUCGGUCCUCUCGGAUUGACAUUAGCUAUGCUGGGUUUUGGUUUGUCGAAAGCGUUCGUAACUCUUGUUAUUUUUCGGGCACUUCAGGGUAUCUUCAAUGGAAAUAUCGGUGUCUCGAAGACAGUCAUGGCCGAGAUCACUGAUUCUACAAAUAUGGCGGAUGCUUUUACCAUGAUACCAAUUAUGUGGAGUUUUGGUUCAACAGUCGGUCCCGCUCUGGGUGGUGUUCUCGCAAGCCCUGCCACGCAGUGGCCUCAAAGUUUUGGCAAGAUCGCAUUUUUCCACGAUUAUCCUUACUUCCUUGCUUGUGCCGCUGCGGGCCUUUUCGCCUUUGUCGCGUUCGUCCUCUCAUAUAUAGGAUUAAAAGAGAACAAAAAACCCCAAAAUAGAGCUUCAUUCGAGGAAAGCGAGCCGUUGCUCCUAGAUGGUGAACCUCAAAUCGAUUAUGGUGGUUCCUCGCCUUCUACGGGCAAAACUAAUAAUGAUCAUCCCAAGCCACCUAGCGCUUGGGAAUUAUUGACCCCUGAUCUUCGAAUCGUCUUGCUCAAUUAUGGCCUCCUCUCAUUCACCGACAUGUCCUACUUUGUGCUUAUCCCCCUGAUCUACUCUUCUUCGCUAUCAAUAGGCGGUCUCGGUCUGUCUCCAUACCAGGUCGGAUUGAUACUAGGGAUAUUCGCAUUAUUAAAUGGAUUUUGGAAUCUAUUGGUCCUAUCCAAGAUCCUUAAAGUUCUUGGGCCUCGCAAAAUGUACAUUAUAUCUUACUCAAGCUUCCUUGUCACAUUCCCUCUUCUUUGGAUCCUUCGAGACGUCGCUCACCUUGCAGGAGGAGUCAAUGCCUUAGUAUGGUCAUUGAUUGUGUGCCAGCUUUUAGCUGCAUCGUUUGUGAACACCGCGUAUAGUUCAAUGUCAUUAUUGAUCGUACAAAAUGCGCCUCCAGGUGCAUUAGGUGCAGUCAACGGAUUAGCUCAAAUGACUGCUUCUGGAACUCGAGGACUUGCGCCGCUUUUCGCAUCCUCACUAUUCUCUUUAUCGUUGGAAUCUCGCAUUGUCGGUGGACAUCUGGUUGAUAUCGUCCUCAUCGCCCUUUCUGCGAUAGGCCUUGUCUGUGCAUUCCGACUUCCAAAACCGACUCUACAGAUGUGA